AUGAUUCUCAACUCUUUAAAGUCGCUUAGCUCAAAAACUGCAAAAAUACAUUCACAGAAAUCGUUAUCGCUUUUAUAUACCUCAAAGAAUAACACGAAAAAAGCGUCACCUUAUCUUAAUCUAUUACGUUUUUCGCAAAACUCGAAUUUUUCAACCACCUCACCCACAUUUCGCAUAAAACUUCCAGAUAAAAAACUGCCCGGAAAAAUUCGCAUUCCUAAAGAUGCACACUUCAUGUCGGCCAAAGUUCAACGACUCGCGGCAGAUGGGAAACUGGAAGAGGCAAUAAGUUUUGUAAUAGAUGCGCCAAAACGCGCGGUAUCAGAAGUAGUAUGGAAUCAUUUAAUAGCAGAAUGCGUAAAAAUCGGAAAGGUUAAAAUGGGUUUUCGUUUAUUCACCGAGAUGAAACGUAGAGGGUUUCCACCUAAUGAGCAAACAUACACUAUCCUUUUAAAUGGUAUUGCAGAAAAACGCACUUUUGCUAACAACAUAGCAUAUGCUAUUAAUGUUAUCGAUAACAUGAGAACAAGUGCACGUGAAACUGCAAUUCGUCCGAAUGUUAUCCACGGAAACGCGUUACUUAAAGUGUGCAGUCGCUCACAGGAUUUUAAAUCUUUACGUGAAAAUUACGAUCGUUUAUUCGACUCAGGCGAAUUAUAUCCAAACACAGAUACUUUUACCAUAGUUUUUGGCUCUUGUGCUAGAAAUGGUGCCGAAGGGUUUGAGUUUGCAUCAGCUCUUUGGGAGGAACUAAUGGGGAUCCUACAAAGACAGAGACAAAAAGAUGGGUAUACUGCAGGCAAAGUGGAGUAUGAGGGAAGAUUUGGAAUAUUGGAGAUGGAUGAUCAAUUAGUUGCUUCCAUGUUGUUAUGUUGUAAAAAUGCUGGGGAAACAGAAAAAGGAUACGAGAUUAUAGAGGAAAUAUACGGAAUAAGAUUAUCUGGCUCUUCUCUAUAUGUAUCAAAACCUUCGCGAUAUGAUGUAGAGAUGACUUCAAAGUCACUGGAUAUUGCCCUGGGAUUAUGCUUUAAAGGACGAGAUUGGUCAAAAGGAAUAUAUCUCUUUGAUCAGGUGCUGGCUAAAUAUCCAAGAAUAGAGUUGGAUAUUUACAAUAUGAAUACCUUAAUCUCAUUAUAUAUUGAAGCAAGAAAUCUUAAAAAUGCCAUAAGCGUUUUUGAGACCAUUCGUGCACAAAAAAUCACGCCAGUUUUGCAGACUUACGAUUUACUAUUGACUGCUUGUAGGAUUGUAAACGACUGGGGAUCAGCCACAAAAAUAUUUGAAGAUAUGUUACGGAUGAAAUUAUUACCUGAUGCACAUGUAUUAAAUUUAAUGCUUGAAUUGGCCAAUAGAAAAAAAUUUUCUGGAAUAAAUCAAAUAUGUUGGUUACUAGAAAGAAUCGAAGGUCUUGGAUUGAAUACAUCCAUGAAGAAAAAUUCUAAGCUUCCAGUCAAGAUUGAAAAUAUAAACUUUCUACAGGCAAUUAUCAAAGCCUAUUCAUUGGCUUUGGAAAGAGCUGAUGACGAAUUGUUGAAUCAAAAAUUAGAUCCAUGGACAUUCUUUAAAAAUUUUUACGAAAGAAAAUUGGAAAAUCUACUGAAAAAACAAAGUGAAAAGGAAGAACUUGAAGAAGGAAAAUUUACGAAGAAAAUCCGCGAUAACAGGAUAGAAAUAUCAGAACCUAAUACAAUAAAGAAAAAUAAUACGAAGAGAAGCUGGUGGAGCGAUGACGAAAAGCCAAAACGCAAACCUAAAUUUUCGUCGGGAUAUGAUGAUUUCAUGAACGAUGACGAAAAAUCGAAACGCAAAUCAAAGGUUUCUGUAGAAUAUGAUGGACAUGUAAGCGAAGACGAAAAGCCGAAACGAAAAUCAUCGGGAUAUGAUAAUUUCUUGAGCUAUGAUGAAAAACCUAAAAGAGAAUCAAAAUUUGCGUCAGCAUAUGAUGAUUUCGAGAACAAUGACAAAAAGCCGAAAAGAAAAUCAGAAGCGCCUAUGGGAUAUGUUGAUUUUGUGAGUGGCGACGAAAAACCGAAACGAAACUCGAAAGUUUCUGUAAAAUAUGAUGAAGAGCCGAAAAGAAAAUCAAACUCUUCUUCGAGAUAUGACGAUUUUAGAAUUGAUGAUGAGAAGUCAAGAGGAAAGUCAAAAUUUACAGCAAGAUAUAACGAUUUCAAAAUUAAUUCAGAAAAACGGGACCUGCAUAGACCAAAAUUCCGUGGUCGUGAAGGACUUUCCAGAUCCAACUCUGAAGAAAGAGGCAGAUUAAAUUAUCGUAAUUUCGAUUCUCAGUCAGGUUUUGCCACGAAAAAACAGUUUAGAGCUAAAUCCGAAGAAAGAGACAGCUAUCGAUCUUCAAAGAUUAGUUCAAAUUUCCGGGAACGAAGGGAUAGUGGUAGCAAUUCAAGUUAUCGUGAUGUCUCACAAUUUAGUAGAUCGGAUUUUAACGAUAGACCUAAACGAGCAUUUUUAAGACGUGGUUAA